GACUUACAACUAAAAUGUAAGUAUUUGUUAGGAUGGUCACAUAUAUUUAGAUUAUAAUAACCUGGCAGAUGUCUACAUUUAGCCCAGUUAAACCAUGCAGAAUGGCAGCUGUCACCUGUCUCCCAUAGGAUUGGUUGUAAGGAUGUGAUGGCAUUCCUUCUAAGCUCCUCCCACAUGAGGUGACAGGAUUAGAGGAAUAAGUAGCCCCUGAUUAGUUUUUAGCAGACUUGUGCAAAAUGUCUCCGGAGAGACAAACAAAAACGCAUGGAGUCUGACAUACUACUGUACGAGUUACGGAGACGAUGGUGCUCUCCCUGGUGCUCUCCUCCUCAGGUCAACAUGUUCAACCUCAUGAGCAAUUGCUGCAGCUGGGUUUCCAAACUCCAGCAGCCACUGAGGAAGAUCACGGUUCUAGUAGUUGGUCUGGACAAGGCUGGAAAAACAUCUUGUGUCCGAGGGAUGUUGAGAGUGCCCCCUGGAGAUGUAGGUCCCACUCAUGGAUGUGUCCGCACUGAAUUAAGGGUGGAGAACUACUUGGUUAACAUACUUGAUAUGGGAGGGGCUCCUGAGGUUCGGGGGGCUUGGAGAGAACAUUACGGUGAAGCUCACGGCAUCAUCUUUGUGGUGGAUUCCAGUGACAGACAACGAAUGAAAGAGGUCAAAGAAGCUCUGGUGGACUUACUGAAGCAUCCAAGAGUAGCAGGAAAACCUCUUCUUGUGCUGGCAAAUAAACAGGAGAAAAUAAAUGCUCUGCUGGGAAAUGAACUCAUUGAAGUACUCUCUCUAGAGAGGCUGGUCAACCAAAGCCGUUCCCUUUGCCACAUCGAGCCAUGUUCGGCCUCAAUGGAUCUGCGUCGCUGGUCAGACAGAAAGACUCUGCGAGGUCUCAGAUGGCUACUGCGAGCCGUGUGCCUGGACUACCCUGACCUCUGUGCCCGUGUGAUGAGAGACGGGAGGCGACCAUUAGGGCCAGAAGAAAAAGAGAAGAGAGGAAAAAUAGAGAAGAGCCGUAAUAAAUCUAAAGAGGAAAAAACACGUACAAGCAAAACCGAUAUCCGUCAAGAACAGCACAAUGAAACUAUGAGGAAAAAUGGGACUCUAAAUAUUCUAAAUAAGGAGAACUCUUUAAAAAAGAAACUAAGCAAAAAGAAGAAGGUGAAGGUUAAAAUUACGAAGGAGAGUCCAAGCAGAGUAAAUGAAGACGAGGUGGAGGAGACAGAAGGAAAUGAAGCAGAACAGGACCACAACAGUCAGAAAGAUAAAGCCAGCAGUGCAUUACUGCCUCCAAAACGAAGGAAAAUGAAACGCAAAGCCAAAGUAAAAGAGGAGAACUCAGGUCUACCAGAGUCUCCCAACAGCGAGGUCUCCAGACCCUCUAGAGGAAAAGAGGAAAGAAUGCGAAAAAAGAAGACAGUUAAAGUAAAACGAAAGAACAAGAUAAACACAGAGGAAGUUCCAGCAGCUUAUGCACAGCCUGCUGAUCUUUCAAAUACUUUUGACCUUUACCGAAAAGCAAUUUUGGCUCUCAAAGCCCGACAGGAACAGGACAUGGCUUCGGGAUAGUUAUGAAAAAGAAGAAUGAAGACCUAUGAAGAAUUGGAAGACUUGGAUGGAUGACAUGCUGAAACAUUUUACCCAAACAGAAGUCUGCUAUCAAUGUCUGCAAACAGAAGAUAAUGUUUCUUAAUGACUAGAUUGUCAUAAUUUAUACCUUUGUAAAUGUAUACUUGUAUUGUAAUUGUUUUAAGAGAUUAUAUGGACAAAUGAUUGAGAAAUAAUUAUACUAAAAAUGAGACACCAUUCAAAAAGGAGUGUCCUA